UUUGCAACAUUUGGAAGCCCUGCUAGCUCUCCUGCUUUGCCUCUUGGGCAAAGGUGGCAAAUCCAGCCCUUUCUGGGGUUCGAGGACAGAGAAGCUCCCUACAGGGUGACCAGACAUCCUCCUUUUCCAAGACAUGUGCUCCAUUUCAUCCUGCUGCCCAGGAGGAAUGUCAAAAUGUCCUCCAUGUUGAUCAUGACUUUUAUUUUUAUGACUGCUUUUAGCUCAUCUACAUUUUUCUUGAAGGGCCUCUAUUUUGUGAUGCCUUGUUCUUCUUUGUGGUUAGGACCUCUGGUCACCCUGGACUUACGGCGACCCUAAGGCCACCCGAUCAUGGAGUUUUGUUGGCAAGGUCCAGCCCAAAGAUGGAGAGCCCAGAAACCCCAAAACUGGGUGAGCAAUUCCCCCAAAUCAAAGUUGAUGAAAGAUUGUGGCAGAAAACACAAGAAGUCAACUGUACCUCCCAUGAGAAAAUGGGGGGCUGUAUUUAUGGUGAAGCAGAGGUGGCAGACCUAAAUCCCAUCUUGCUUGGUAGUUUCCUGGAAACGGCCAUAGAUAACGAGCCUAGCCAACCUUUGGGAGAGAGGGAGAAACAUCUCAUUUUGCUGAAGACAGUGAAUUUGAAAAUAGAAGAAGAUGAUUUCCACAGAGUUUCUCUGGACAAUCAGCAGAAUGGGCUCCAAGCCAUGAUACAACAAGAGGGAAGCCUCUUGCAACCCUUGGCAGUGAUGCCACAGAGUAUAGAUAUUCAGGAUAACCCCGAGGAAGUCUUGGCAAUAAGUUUGCCUGAAGACGUUUAUACAAUCCAUGAGUUGGAACUGAUGCACAUCAAUGGUCUGAAGGAAGGGCACACAUUUAAUGAGGAUAAAAGGUCAACUGAGGAGUCCUCAAAUGUUCUGGAGAUCAAGCAGGCUGAUAGAAGAAAAUAUAUAAUUACAUACGUUGAACGUGAGGGUCAGCAAUUUCUUGCAGCUGAAGAGGCCAGAAUAAGCUGUUCAUUUCCAGAAGAGGCAACAAAAAUUUUGAAUGGUAGGAUUGAAGUUGAUCCUGUACUGCUUCACAGUUCUGAGAAGAGAGAUCAAAGCAAUGAAUUUGCAUCCCAACAUCCUGUCUUGACAAGUGCAGCAGUUACUUCAAAGGCCCAUGGGAACACAGUCCAGUGGGGAGAUGGGAACAUGCCACAGUGCUGCAGGUUUUGCACAUUCACCUCUUCCAGUUUGUCAGGCCUGACUCGUCACAUGAGAAAACACUCUGAUGAAAAGCCCCAUAUGUGCCACCUCUGCCUUAAAGCCUUCCGUACUGCUUCCAUCUUGCGCAACCAUGUGAACACACAUACAGGGACCAAGCCAUACAAAUGCAGUGAAUGUGAUAUGGCCUUUGUGACCAGUGGUGAACUUUCGCGACAUAGGCGGUAUAAGCAUACCCUCGAGAAGCCUUUCAAGUGCACAUUCUGUAACUAUUGUAGUGUGGAGGCCAGCAAACUGAAGCGACAUAUUCGCUCACAUACGGGAGAGCGCCCUUACAGCUGUACUCUCUGCAGCUAUGCUAGCAGAGACACUUACAAGCUGAAAAGACAUAUGAUAACUCAUUCGGGAGAAAAACCCUUUGAGUGUCUGAUCUGUAAGGCCAGGUUCACACAGGCUGGAACACUGAAGUUCCAUGUAUUGCACAAACAUGGGACAAAUGUGCCAAAAUAUCAGUGUCCACACUGUAACACAACUGUUGCUAGGAAGGGUGAUUUAAGUAUCCACUUGCGAAACCUGCAUUCUUACAUUGAAGUGCCGCUGAAGUGCAAUUACUGUGAAGAUGCCUUCCAUGAGCGCUAUGCUUUCAGGCAGCACAAGAAGACACACAGAAAUGAAAAGAGAUUCAAAUGUGAUGAAUGCAAUUAUGCAUGCAAACAGGAACGCCACAUGGUUAUGCACAAGCGGACCCACACGGGUGAGAAACCCUUUGUUUGCAUGUCUUGCAGUAAGUGCUUUCGACAAAAACAACUUCUGACAGUCCACUUCAAGAAAUACCAUGAUUCCAGCUUUCAAUCCAAAGUCUUUGAAUGUCCACAAUGUGGCAAAGAAUAUUCACGCUGGAAUAAUAUGCGUAAGCAUGCCGUGAACUGUACAGAUGAAAGAUCUGUUUGGCUCAGCCAAGAAAGCAAGCAAAAAAAGGAAGAAGACAAGAAAUCAAGCCAUGGCAAUGAACAAGAAGUGGCUGCUUGUGUGAACUCUCAGUUCAGUGCUCUACAUGCUGUUCCUGUUGGAGCAUGGGGAAACGAAGAUAAUAAAGAAGGAAUUACCUGUGAGAUGAUCUUGAACCUGAUGGACAAAUAGUAUGAAUGACACUUCAUAUUUCUGUGUCCAAAUCAGCAACCUCAGCUGUAUCAAAGCAUGAAAUGCUGGGUUUUAUUAUGUGUUCCUGUGUAAUGUUAUUUAUAGGUUAAAGAUUGCUAAAAAGGGAUUUAUUUUGGCAUUUGGCCUGUUGGAGCCAUGUAGGGCAGAUCCAUUGUAUCUUGCAAUUAGCUGUCAUGGAGGUUAGACAGUUGGAAUUGUUUCAAAUAACUUUGCUUCUUUUGCCAAGGGCACAUCAGUCCUGAAUAAACUGUUGGAUUCCAGAUCGAUUCCAUUGUAUUCAGUUGAACUAAACUUGAGCUAAAGAGAGUUAGAGUGAAAGUGUGAUUUGAAUUUAUUCUUCAGUAGCAUUGAUUCAGAUGUAUUUAGUAAGCAUGUCUAGAGAUAGAUUCCCCCCCCCCCCCCCGCAAAAGAGUAUGGAAGGGCUCUGAGAGAGAUUGUAGGCUGAGCAAUGUGUAUUUCAUUCUGUUUCUAAAUCAAACAAAUUUUGAAGUUUUUGAGGGCCUAAACUACAUGUGAGCAUAACUGUUUUUAAACUACAUGUCAGCUUAGCUGCUUAAUUGUCAUACAUGGUUUUUUUUCACCUGAUGUUAUCUGUGAGGGGCCCUUUGAUGUGACAACUACAAGUUCAGUAACACAACAGAAAUUCUUGGGCUUAGAUACUGCAUAGAUUAAAUUCUAUACUUGUGACCAUAAUAACCUCUCCACCUUCUAAAAUAGCUAAUUAUUUCAAAAUAAUAAAAAAAUCACUAGAAUUAAAUAGAAUAAUGUAUAGUACUUUGUCACCUUGAUAUUAAUUUAAGAAAGUAUGCUGUAGUAUUUAUUUUAACAUUUAAAAAUGAAUCAAGACAAGACAUUGAUAUCUUUUAUACUGAGAGCUCAGUCUGCCCAAAUUUUGUAAAAAUGUUACAGUUGUUCUGAGGCAAAGGUUACUGGAAUGUUAGUAUUUGUUUACAAGUGGGAAAGAGAAGAAUGAUUGCUUUUUCCUUAAUAAAGUUUUUUUGUGAA